AUGGUAAUGGAGGCAUUACUUGGCUCAAAUGGAGCUCGAUGGUAUUCAAAUACACAUUUCGCUUUAACCCAGAAUAUCUCUAGGAUUCUGAACAAAACUGAUUGUUGGGUAUGUACUCACUUACCAGAAUACGGAGGAAAAGGACUCCCUUUAAUUGGUAUUCCGGUACCAAAGGAUCAUUCCUGGGCGAGUCUUUGGGAAAAUACUUCAUGGAAUACUAACAAUGAUGAGAUCUGGAAGUUAGAAAUAACUAGCCCUGAGACACUGGAACCUUACUGUACAUGCAUACGGAGAUGUAAUCCCCCUAAGGGACAAGGGAAGAUUGACUGUAUUGGUGGAACAUAUGUGGGGAAUCAUACCGUUUGUAAUAAGACAAUAGACAUUGGGACUUCAAUCUCUGUUAAUACUACAGCAUGGCCAGUGCCGGAAGGGAGAGGGUGGUACUGGCUAUGCAACGACACUGCUCGGAAAGUGUUACCUAGAGAUUGGAUGGGAACAUGUACCUUGGGAGCAGUGAUUCCAAAUAUAACUAUACAUAAUUCCCCACUAAAAGGAAAACCUCUCCUAAGGGCUAAACGAGAUAUUGAAAAUCCUUUAGUAAGAAGGCCCACUGCCUUCCAUAGUUUUGCCCGGUGGUUCCUUCCAUGGUUGGGAGUAAGUGAACUGGAAAAAGCCAUUGUCAAUAUAUCAGCAGUAAUAGAGAACAUCGAAAAUCGGACAAUAGAUGCGAUAAAAGCACUACAACUAGAGGUAUCUAGCCUGUCUCAGGUCGUGUUACAAAAUAGAAUGGCAUUAGAUAUGUUGUUAGCCUCCCAAGGUGGAGUAUGUACGAUUGUAAAUGCUAGUUGUUGUAUGUAUAUAGAUCAAAGUGGAAGAAUUUCUACAGACCUGGAAGAGAUUAAGAAACAAACUGCAGUUUUACACGAGGUAACGAGAGAUGACCUAACAUGGGGGUUUGAAGAGAUGUGGAACAAAUUAACAUCAUGGUUACCUAAUUUUGGUUGGUUAAAGCAAAUUUUUGUUAUGAUCAUUGUCCUUUUGGCAUUGGGAGUAUUGAUCUGUAUCAUGAUAAAAUGCUUUAUGUGGCACUGCAAAACUGUAAAAAGCUAUGAAGAUUGGAAACGAAACAAAAUAAGACACCAAUUAGAAACAGGGAAAUACUUUGAAUCUUUCAAAGAAGAUGAAAAUCUGUGA